AUGGCCCCGCGUCACGUCGUGCCCAUGUCCACCAGCCAGGCCGCCCGCGGCGUCUGCGUGCUGGGCACCGAGGUCGUCCUGGACACGCGCCGGUCCACCCCCAGAGGUGCUGCGUCCUUUGACGUGCACGCCACGCCGGCGGUGACGGUGCAUGUGAUCCACAGCCCCACCACAAAGCCCACCACGGACUCGCGGUGGCCCCUGGAUCCCGACAUGGAGGUGGUGGUGACCAUCGAUGUCACCAGCAGGACCGUCGAUGACAACCAGGUGAAGAUCUCCUACUACGACCGCGAGGGCCGCGAGCUGGCGGUGGCCUGGCUGUACCUCACCUGUGUCGAGGUGUCCCUGGACGUGGACUGGAGCCGGAGCGGGCGAGUGAAGAGCAAGGGCAAGGACAAGGCCAAGUGGACGUGGGGCCCAGACGGACACGGAGCCGUGCUGUUGGUCAACUGUGACCGGGACAGCCCCGGUGCGGGGGGCCCGGACAGCGGCCAGGCGGACGUACGGACGUUGGCAGACCUCCAGGACAUGUCGGUGAUGCUGCUGCGGACCCAGGGACCCAGCGCUAUCUUUGCCGAGUACCAGGUGGUGCUGCACGUCCCCGAGAGCGACGCCGACAAAGUGCGGGUUUUCCACUCUGUCCGUGGUGACGCCCACCCGUUCUACAAGCCCGUGCUGGGGCCAGACAAGCUCUCCUACGUGCUGGAGCGCGCCGGCCACGGCGACAGCACCUUCUACGUGGAGGGGCUGGCGUUCCCCGACAGGGGCUUCUCCGGCCUCGUGUCCUUCAGCGCCAGCCUGCUGGAGGUGCCCCACAAGGACUCCCCAGGCACGCCGAUCUUCACCGACACCGUGGUGUUCCGCGUGGCGCCCUGGAUCAUGACCCCCAACACGCAGCAGCCGCUGGAGGUGUUUGUCUGCAGGUAG